CCAGAAAAGAAAAAAAAGAAGCAAACACGAACACUGCAAAUUCGUCUUGAACAUCGAAAUUUCUGGUGCAGAACACCCUAUGAUGGCAACCGACAAUUCCGAAGUCUAUCACGAAAGGCAAAGAUUACAGUUCUGUCUCGUUCAUUCUCUCAACUCGCUUUUUCAGCAAAAGGAUGCUUUUACUAGAGCAAAAUUGAAUGAAAUUUCUGAAAGACUCGCAAUUCAAGACUCCAACACAGAAACGUGGACCCCAUUCUCUUUUAUAUUCAAGCCCCAUCACAAUGUUUUCACUGGAAACUAUGACGUAAAUGUUCUAAUUGCGGCUUUGGAAGAGAAAGGAAAGAGUGUGGAGUGGCAUGAUCGUAGAAAGGGGGCAUCUUGCAUUGAUCUUGAUGCACCAGUUUUGAUGGGGAUUGUGAUCAAUGUGUCAGCGUCGAGGUUUGGUGGGAUGUGGAGAAGUAGGCACUGGAUUGCAUUGAGAAAGAUUAAUGGGGUUUGGUUUAACUUGGACAGUGACCUUGACGCCCCUCAACCUUUUCUUGAUACACAUGAAGUAAGGGAGUUCUUGGAUGUUACAUUUGCUCAUGGAGGAGAGGUUUUGAUUGUCUUGAACGAAAAAUAUAUCAGAUUGAUUAUGAGGUACAAGUUGGCUUGUUUGUCUCGCUCCGCCAUGGAUCAGUUCUUUCACAAGAUCACCAAAAGCAACGUUAAAAAGGUCAAGGUUCUGGAGAAGGAAACUCCUCAUUCCACAAUUCCCACCUCUCUAAAGAUUCUGCUUCCAAAGUCUCCCCUACAAUCCCUCUCAACUUUAUAUAACAUCAUCAUUGCUCUCUCUCCUAAUGCUGCUAUCAUCAGUCAAACUGGAAUAAGCAACAAAAUGAGUCACAGUGGCUACAUCAAUGAAAAAACAGGCUUGUCCUUGAGACAGAAUUCCAGCAGGAAAUCAACAAGAAAUGGACAAGUGAAGAGUUGCAUGUUCAGGAUUCCUUGGCAGUCUGAGACCUCUCCCGUUGAACUUGUGAAGGAUCUUGCAGAAAGAAUAACUAAUGCUCUACGCUUGAUGUCUUCAAGGAGAUCUUUACACCGAGGCUCUUCUUCCCUAACAAGAUCAAAAUCAGCAGGCUCCUCUGUUGAUUUUCAUAGAACUGCUGCUGUUGAGGACUGCAUUGAGUUCAUCCACUCUUCUUUUUCAAGAUCAAACUCUUCAACCACAGCACCCCGCCAAGAUUCUGUACAAGCUCCUUGAUUUGAGACAGUUACAAUCAUGUGCUUGAUGCCAUGUUAAAGUGUAUAUCUUCCUUUCUUCUCUCACCUCAUAAUGAUGGGAAUUAAGCCAUCCUUUUAUGCUUCUGUACAAACAGAAUCAGUGUAUAUUCAUUCUUCUGAUAAAUUUCUUACAAGGUGUUUUAAGUUUCAAUGAA